UUCGCCUUCUUGGGCCAUUUCUGCGCGGAGCACGACGAGCCGCUCAAGCUCUUCUGCAAGCAGGAUCGCGUCCCCAUCUGCGUGAUCUGCCGGGACCUGCCUGAGCACCGAGGGCACGACUUCCUGCCCACCAAAAACGCGGUGGAUUACGCGCAGAAAAAACUGAAACCAUACCUAAAGUCCCUGAAGAAGAAACUGAGAGACAUGGUUAUCAAUGAGUCUGAUCAGCAGAAGGAAAUUGCAAGCCUUGAGAGUUGUACCGAAGAUACAUUGAGUUACAUUGGCAAGGAAUUUGGGGUUCUCCAUCAGAUCUUGCAUGAGAAGGAAGAAGAUAUUAAGAGGCAGUUCCAGGAGCUGAAGGAGCUGAAUCUGGACGAGAUGCAGGACGCCUUAACCUCUUUUAAAGAUGACAUGUCCUCAUGCACUAAGCACAUUGCCAGCAUUAAAGCGGCAUUAGCAACUACAGAUAGUGUUGCCUUUCUCAAGGACUUCAAGGACCUGAUGGACGAAGUCAAGGAGGGUCAUUUCAAGUGUGUAGAAGAUGACACUGGCAAUGCGAAUUAUGAAGAGUGGGGCACAAGUGAUGAAGAGAGUGACUCAUCUGAUAAAAGCCCAAGUGAUAGUGAGGGGGAGAAGUCAGCCCAAGCAGAGCCUGGCGAUAACAAAGGACUGGGGGCCAUUCUGCUGGAAGAAGACAAAGAUGACAGUGAAGAAGAAGAAGAAGAGGAAGAAGGGGUGGAGGAUGACAGAUUGGUACCAGUGAUGACAGAAGUUGAAGAAUUCACUGCCUCCUUAGACUUUGAAGCUUGGAAGUUAAUGUUGAAGAGUAUAGAGCCAAAGGAGGACUAAAACAGUGCAUCUGCAGUUAAUCGGAAGGGGUGAUCAUGACUCUAGCUUUGCAAGAAACUGCACCCUGGAAGUAAGACAAAUGGCUCUGGGUAGAGUUACUUGCUGGACUUCAACAGAUGGCCCUAAGCACUCGGAUUAGAGGGGGGGGGGAGUGGAAUUCAAUUCUCUAUAAGAAUGGCUGAAACCGGAAACUUUGGCCAUUGCCAUGAGGCAGUAAUGUUUAUUUUCAUUCGUUUAUUAUAGCAAGCACUGUUUUCAGAUAUUUAUUCAGUGGGAGUGUGGUCUGUCUUUUGACAACAACUCCCAGACUGUCUCACUCAGCAGGGCCCAUUACCUAUGCAGACUUGGGAAUUCUAUAUGUUGUACUCCAGGAAAAAACAUUUCUAGUUUCAGUUGGGGAUAUGGACACUUUGGUUCUCUAGUAUCACCAUUACUUUUCGGAUUAAUUAAACUUUAUAACUGAAAAUUU